AUGGCUCGUAGUCACAGCUCUUCUGCCGACUUGUUGCAACGCCUUCCUACCAGUCGAACCUUUACCACUACCUCACGUCUCGCUUGCCGUAGUAGCAAGUUGACCCCUCAAGCAUCCUCCAUUCGAUCGCACUCGACUAGCUCCUCAAACACCUCGCCCAAUAUGGUUCAAGUUUCGGAUCUCCUCUCGAAGAACAAGGCCUGGAGUGCCAACUUCUGCGCUAACAAGCCUGAGCUCGCCGCUCAGCUUGCCGAGACACAGACACCCAAGAUCCUCUGGAUUGGAUGCGCUGAUUCCCGUGUCCCCGAGUCGGUGAUUUGCGAUGCCGACCCAGGCGAGAUCUUUGUCACUCGUAACAUUGCCAACCAAUUCCGUCUGGACGACGACAACGCAUUGAGUGUUCUGACCUUUGCUGUCCAGGCUCUUGGUAUCGAGCAUGUCGUUGUUGUCGGUCACACCUCGUGCGGUGGUGUCAAUGCUGCUAUUGCUGGCGCUGGCGCUCCUGCUAGCCAGGAUGCUCUUCAGUCCAGCGCUCUGCUUCGACACCUUGUUCCUUUGACUCAGGUCGCUAAGAGGGUCCUUGAUGCUAACCCUCGUCUUGAGGAGACAGAGCUGGCACAGAAGAUCAUCUACCAAUCGGUCAAGUUGCAGAUCGACAACAUUGUCUCGACCGACAUUAUCCAGGACAACUGGAAGGGUCUCACUUCGCCAUUGUCCGGCAAAGUCAUGAACAAGGUUACUAUCCACGGACUUUGCUAUGACAUUGCCAAGGCUCAGCUUGUUGACCUUGACCUCACUCGAUCAUCCUCCUAG